AUGGACUCGCAAUACAAUUUCGAAACUUACGCCAUCGCCGGCAGUUCUGCGAUAGAUUUGCGGAGGUAUUGGAAUACGAACGCGAGACGCAUACAGCGAUUGAUAGAGAGAGGUAUAGAAGAGUUAGGAGCCGCAAAAGUAUCUAUUGUGGUGGAGGUUAAUUUGAUGAAAGAUGAAACGGAAACGACAGUUUGGUUGCGCACCAAAAUGCUAACAGUCUUAGAGUCGACGGAUUUGGAUCAAAGGGUGUCCUCACAAGUCGAACCAAUUUCGGAAUCACUUGCCAAGUACACCCGAGAAGGAUCCGGAUGGACUGUAACAGCCAUUAAGGGUGCUACGAUUAGCAUUGCCCGUUACGUACCGACUCGUGGUGGUUCUUACGUGCCACUGCCAACUUUCAUAGAGGGUAAGAAGGCAAUUAUCAGUGUGCGUAACAAAGAUAACAGGUGUUUUCAAUGGGCACUGCGAUCAGCGUUGUAUCCAGUGAAUCAAAAUCCAUUCAGAACGUCUAAGUAUCCACACGACGACCUAGAUUGGUCUGACGUAGAGUUUCCAAUGGAAAUACGAUGCAUACCCGACUUUGAAGAGCGAAACGAGCUUGCUAUAAAUGUUUAUGGUGUCCGAGAAAAGACUAUAGUUCCCCUACAUGUUCCAUGUAACAGAGGAGAGCGCAUACACCUUUUCUACCAYGGUGAGCAUUACUCAUGGGUAAAGUCGCCAAGCCGUCUAUUUGCCAUGCAUAGUAAAGACGGACACAAAAGGUUUUACUGCGAUGCCUGCCUGUUACCAUUUAAAGAUUUAAAAGCAUUGAAGAAACACGACCAAAUUUGUCGAGGAGCCAGUGCAAAGAAUUCAGCUGCCAUUGUUCGCUGCGACGGCGAAGCGGAUGAGCCAGUGCUUUACCGAGGUCCUAACGCCGCACGGAAUUUCCUCACAGCUUUAGAAGAAGAGGAAGAAUACAUCCGACAGCGCUUAGUACACAAGAAAAAGGCCAAGUUAACCAAAGAGCAGUUAGAGGCAUAUCACGCAGCACAGAAGUGCCACGUGUGUGAGCUAGGUGUUCUAAAGUACGGACGCCGAGCAAAGAAAGCCUGGGAUAAGGAUGGGGCUUACUUAGGAGAAGCGCACCCCACAUGCGGGCGAUAUGCAAAAGACGGAGAAAAGCCCGGCAAGCCAUCCACGCACUGCUUUCACUGCGGCGAGCCAUUAGAGGAAGACUUUUACACAGACAAAGUGAUGGAUUGCUGUGAAAUCACUGGUGAAUAUAAAGGCGCAGCGCACUGGAAAUGUAGGCACCGAAUAGACCCCAACAUGGAGAUUCCCGUAUUCUUUCACAAUCUUCGCGGGUACGACUCCCACCUCCUUUUACAAGGCGUAGAGGGUCACGAAGUAAAGUGCAUACCCAACAACAAAGAGCGUUACAUGUCCGUGACGAUAGGUAAGCUAAAGUUCCUAGACUCCCAACAAUUCAUGGCGGAUUCCUUAGCCAACCUUGCAAAAUACAAUGAGGAUUCCCCCAUUUCCGACGAAUACGGCGCGGAAAGAAAAGGAGUGUACCCAUACGAAUACAUGAAUUGCUGGGAGCGCUUCGAAGAAACACAGCUUCCACCUCAAGAGUCUUUCUACAUCACCCUAAAUGAAGCGGGAAUAUCCGACGCCGAAUACUCCUACGCGCAGGAGGUUUGGGUAAAGUACGACUGCAAGAACAUAGGGGAUUACCACGACGUUUACCUGUUGUCUGACGUUGUCCUACUAGCCGAUGUUUUCCAAAGCUUUCGUAAGAUGGCUAUGUCUUAA